AUGUGGCCACAUUUCAAGUCACUGGACCGACCAACUCAAAGGAUGGCUCACGAUCCCCUGGUGUACACUAAUCCGAAGAGAAGCUCCUCCCACUCUCUACCUGCCACCGCCGCCGCUUCCGCUUCCGGCGGCAUCCUCUUCUCUCCUCCGUCUUUCCCUUUUCUCUUCUCCGUCUCCCCCCCUAAUCACUCCCUCUCUCGGACCUGUUCACGCCGCCGCUGCCCCCCUCUCUCCCGAUCUGCCCGCUGCUGUGCAUGCACCGGCAGCGGCUUCGCCGCUUCUUCUCCGCGCCUCGCGCUUCCGGAGCAGCUCCCCGAAGCCACCACAGUCGCCGCCUCUUCGCCGAACUCCCUAAAGGUUGUGAAAUUAGUGACGAAUCGGGGUGUGGGGCUGCCACCGUCAGCAAAGGCGUGCCAAGACUCAGUCGCCGGAAUUCCGGCGGAUUCCUAUUCUGGAGAUAAGAUUCUUAAUUUGUGCUUACUUGCACUGCAGAGCUCUUGGAAUCAGGCAAUAGCUCCGACAACGGCGGGUAGGCAGUGCAGCCACUUUAAAGAUCCGAUCUUUACCCGCCGGAGAAGAAGAACAUCAGAGGAAAGAGAAAGAGAAUUGACGCCAAGAAAAAGGAAUGCAGGCGCUCCGGGAGAGCAGGAAGCGGGGGAGGCAGUGCAGAAAUUGUGGCGUAUGGAAUUGGAAGUUGUCCAAUGAUCAGCCCAUCUGCUGGUGGUGGAGCCGCUGGAUUUGAAGUGUGGUUUUGCGUGGUGGCGGAAGGCGGCGAGGCUGGCAGGAAGCGGGCGGAGAGGCGGCACAGGCGAGACAUAAGAGCGGAGAUGAUAUCCGCUGAGGUGAGAGAAAGGGACGAACAGAGAGGAGAAAGAGAUAUGGAGGCUGAACAUUUGUGUAGGGUUUGUAGGAUUAUAGUACUAUCUCCGUCCACGAAAAUUCGUCCCGGUUUGACCGGGCACGAGUUUUAAGAAAUGUAAUGAAAAGUGAGUUUAAAAAGUUAGUGGAUUGUGAGUCCUACUUUUAUA